AUGUGGAAAACUCUAGUUAAUCGCGCUUCUUCUAUAGUGAAGAAACGUAACUCAAUGGGUGGCCAAGAGAAAGUCCAAAGCUCCUCAGGCGGCAAGGAAAACGAAAAAUCUACCCUGAAGCCAGUUGCCAAAAAAACAUCGCCUAACAACGUCAAAAAAUCCGAAGAACGACCCCAUCAUAUUGGAGAAUCAGAAAUAGAACGCAAUAAGAUUCAUGAUCCCGAUGAGCCUGAUAUUGAUAAAGUAGUGGUUAAACAGGGAGAAAGACCAGAUCCUGCUGCUAAAUGUGCAGCAAUCGUAGUUGCCGACGAAUUCAAAGGUCAUCUUGACCUUACAGAUUACGAUUUUUCAAAAGUCGACUCAUACGCACGUGCCACUCCUAGUUCAAAAACCGACAGUGUAAAACAUUUAGCAGAAUACCUUAUUGCGCCUUGGAAUAAUGAAUUGGAUAGGUUACGAAGUCUCUUCAUUUGGAUCACCGAAAAUAUUUCUUAUGAUGCCAAGGCUUACUUCGAAGGUAACUUCCACCAUAAUGGACCAGAAGAUACAUUAAGAACCCGCAAAGGUGUUUGCGAGGGAUAUGCUGGAUUGUUUGAUGCACUUGCAAGUGUAGCUGGCCUUAAAGUUUGGAAAAUUUCCGGAAAAGCAAAAGGUGUAGGAUAUAAUCCUGGUACUUCGAUCGACGGUCCACAAUAUGCUCACGCCUGGAACGGUGUCCUCUACAAAGGCGAAUUCUUAUUGAUUGAUAGCACUUGGGGUGCCGGUAUUCUAAACGGUCAACAUUUCGAAAGACGAUUUGAACCAUUCUAUUUUCUUUGCAAACCCACUCAAUUUAUCUAUAGUCACCUCCCUGACGAUCCAAAACAACAAUAUGUCUCGCCUCCGCUCACUCAAGAUGAAUUCCUAGAUUUGACUUUUGUCAAACCACAAUUCUUCGUCUCAGGACUACAAUUCCGUAAUCAUUAUGGAAACGUGAUCGUAACUGGUAACGAUCAAUUAGAAGUAGAGAUCGCAAGAUUCAGCCCAGACAAAGGAAAACCUUUGCAUGCCGUGCUUGAAUGGAAAGGAAAAUCUAUACCGGUGAUGGUUCAAAGACUUGUAGGAUACGGAGAUGGGAGUGGCGGUAGAGUUUAUAAAUUAAACGUUGCAUGUCCAAGCGCUGGAGAGGGAAAGCUUGAAAUAUAUGUUAUGAUAAAGGGUAAUUCGGGUCCAUUGGUCUCCUCACUCAAGGUAAUAAAUAAAGGUACUGGAUCCCAUCACCUCACUUAUGUGAAGACUUUUUCUGUCCCAUUCUCCUACACCAUUCACACUCCGAUCCACUCAAAACUCCAUCUAAACAAACCCGAUGCCAAAACAAAAUUUGAGUUCAGCAUAUUCGAUUUACCUGAAGACGAACAUCCUACUCUCUCAUUGUUCACGCCCGCGAAACAGAUCAGGCAUUUGGAAAAGGUUUCAAGGUGUGAUGAUGGUAGUGUCACCUAUGCUCUGGAAACCUGUGUAGAUCAAAAGGGAGAAUGGAAUCUCGUACAUUCUGAGAAGAAUUCUUCCAGUUUCAACUUUAUUGCUCAGUAUGUUGCAGAGUAG